AUGAAGGCCAAGAUUAGUGAGGAGCAAGUCUGGAAGAGCCAGAUUGCUAAAGUCCUAAUGGAGCACCUGGCUGUCCCAUCAGACAGAUCCUCGUCAAUACCGACAAAGCCUGAGACAAUCGAUCAAAUCAGCCACAAGAAACCAACCAUACACAUGCUGAAGCUGAUGGAUGUCUCAGAUAACUCGGCCGAGAGCAUCGGUCAAGUGUUUUCUACUAUCCUUCUUCAAUCAGGAUUGUCCGACCAGGAGUUCUAUGGGCGUCUCCAGCCGAUGGACGGUGACUUGGGGACCAUUCAGAAUUUUAACAGCCUCAGGUUGCAGCGAUUGCCAAGCCCUUAUGGCAAGGAAAGCCUGAAUAAUAUAGUCUUCCAGCUUGGGGCUUCUCACACCUUAUGGAAUGUCGCAUCGACUAUAUUCACUCAUAACUUUGGCGACCCAACCGAUCAGUCUAACUGUGGCGCUUGGCAGUUCUUGGAAGCUUUGGGAUUCCCAUCGGAUAAAGCAAUUCAGAAGAAAGAUUUUACCCUGAUGAUCAAUCAGAUGGAAAAAGUGAUGGAGGCAACCUUGUACUACUGUUUGCGUGUGGUAUUGAAGAACCAGUUUGAAAAUAUAGGUGAAAAACUAGUAACUCUGCCAACUGAACAAUGGAAUGAAAUAGUCAACCAGUGCUAUCGCCGGUUUUGCUCACUUGAAGCUCGUCGGGAUGCUGCCCAACAAUCCGACCCAAAACUAAACAACACUUUGAUUAUGUUACAUGAUUUCUCCUCGGUUGUGGAAGCAAAGAGAUCUAUGAAGGCUGGUGAUAUCGGCCGCCUAAUCAAUGUCUGGAAGAAGUGGUACCUAAUGACUCAGGGGCUUAAAGGCCUGACAAACUACUCAUCUUACCUCCCUCGAUUGGUCCUGUUGUUAACUGAGGUCCUCUCACCAGACCUUCGGAAAUACCUCAGCCACAAUCUGUUAAUGUCACCUACCGGUCGACCAAAUCACUUUGUCGGAAAAGACCAAUGGCUUGAAUGCCAGAACUACUGGCUAAAGUAUGUCUACAACCACACCGGAAAUGGUACUAAGAUUGACCGGCUCCGAGACCUCUUUUCGGUCAACAUCGGAGUGUUGCAGGGAAUGUUCCAAUCACUCAAAGUCGAUUGUGGGGCAACUGUCGUUCAUCAGUCGCACAAAAUUCAGCUGACUCAUUGA